CAUCUUGGCCCUCGGUGUUAGGCACUGAAGAUUGUUAAACUAAUCAAGUUAUAAUAUUAUAAGCAUCUUUUUUUUAAACGUCCGUCCAGUGUUAUCCUUACUGUUUGGCUACUUGACUCUACUUAAGAUCUGAAAGGCCAAGAGAUCUGUACUUGCUAACAUGCCUUUUGACUUGCCACAUUUAACAGAGGUGCCGCGCUCGGGCUUGUUAUGACUUUCGGACGCUCUUCUUUCCUACCUCAAAGCUGCCUUUGAAGGUGACGUGAGAAUGGAAGACAUUCAGCACAAGUCUGAAAGGCACAUGAUGGACUAUACAUUGCGAAGGGCAGUAACAGAAGGCAAUGUACAGCGAUUUAAUGAACUUUUGCAAGAUGAAAACCAGCCACCUCCAAGGACAUCCAGGCUUCUCCAAGGAGUGACAUCUGAUUGGGACGGAGUGCUCCAUAUUGCAGCAAGACUAGAGCAUGUUGAACUAGUGCGUGCCAUUUCCGAUGGAUGGGCCAUGUUAGUGGAUGUAGCAGCCAAGAACAGGAGAGGGGAGACUCCCUUGCACUGUGCGGCUGCCACCGAGGAACCCGAGAUGAUCAAUCUUCUCAUACUGAUGUCUGGAAGCCAUGAGAAGCAAAUGGAACUUGUCAGUGAAAGAAAGUGCAACGGGGAAACAUGUUUACACGACGCUGUUCGGCGGGGGAACAGACAAGUUGCGAGUAGAUUGAUCGCGGCAGAUGUCAGCGUGCAAUACAUUAGGGACAGACACAGAUGCCGUGCUCUAGUGCAAAUAGAGGAUAACGAAGGUGUUUCUCCUCUAUAUUUGGCUACAACUCUAGGCAACCUUGAAAUGGUUCAGCUCCUCACUGAAAGGCCACAAGAUCACAGGUAUGCAGCAUCCUGUGCUGGGCCUGAAAAGAAGACAGCUCUGCAUGCUGCAGUUCUUCUUCGAUACCGCAGCACAGAGCUCAGUCAACAUCUCGUGGUGUGGAAUCCUAACCUCAUAAAGAAGACUGAUCUAUAUGGGAACACGCCACUUCACCUUUUGGCAUCAAGCUGGACUACCAGGCAGCCAGCUACUGCAAAACUUCUGUUGGAUAGGGACGCAAGCGCUGGAUACCUCUGGGAUGCCGAGGGAGCACUACCCAUACAUGUCGCAGCUGCUAAUGGAUGUCUUGACAUGAUCAAGCUGUUGCUAGAGCAUUGUCCCGAUUGCUAUUGGCCAUGCAGUAACUUUGGCCAGACCAUCCUCCACAUUGCUGUCCAGCAAAAAAAUUACAAUGUAGUAAGGUAUGUAUGCUCAGGGCAAAGGUUCCUAGGAAUUCUUAACACCAGAGAUGCAGAUGGGAAUACGGCUCUUCAUUUGGCUGUAUUGAAAGGAAAUGUGUCCAUCUUCCGAGUGUUACUGGGGAUGAGGCAAAUCUUUUUGAGUCCCAGAAAUAAGGAGGAGCGCACGCCUCUAGAUCUUGCAUCCUUGGGCAUCCCACCUGGCGUGUCAUUUACACAGCCCCGGCAAUGGAUUGCGAAUGACCUUGUACUUGCUAAGGCUGAAUAUGGCACUGGUCGGUGGGAUCAUUUUUCUACCAACUUCACAACAGCUGACAGGGAGAAGAAUUCCGAAGCAAUUAGCAAGUCAGCCGGGCUCAUGGCCGUCUGUGCUGUGCUUAUCCUGAACGUAGCAUUUGCGGCCCCUUUCAACGUUUCGAAAUUCUACAUCGAUUCCAGCAACGCGAGCAGCACACUUGGGAGAGCAAAGAUGCACGUGUACAAAGCGUUCAUGGUCUCGGACGCCUUAGCGUUUGUCUUCUCGGCGGCAGCGACGUCUUGCUGCACAUUGGCAGGCAUUUCUGUAGCGGACAGGAAUACACGCUUCACCCACCUUGCAGUUGGAUGGCUGUUACUCGAGCUUGCCGCGCUGUGUAUGCUCGCCGUCUUUAUGUCGGGGGUCUAUGUGGUCGCUUCUCCAGUUGGUUUCAGGUUUGCCAUCACUGCCUGUGCAUUUGCCAUUCUAGCCACUUUACCACACUUCACAAUGUCCGCCAUGCUGUUUCUUAGCGUAAGGACCUUGAUCAAAAGGGUUGGUGUCCGAACAUGGUGCCGCACCUUGCUUCCGAGCCUACGUGGAAUGAGAUUAAUAAGGAUAAUUGUUAUGUUGGUAGUCUCCGCGACUAUUAUAGGAUUAUCAUUCCUUUAAUUAGUUGACGAUGGGGUCAUCACUCAUACGUGCAUCGCAAGCUUCAAGUACCUCGAGAUCACUGAACUGGCACAGGCACUUGUUACUACUCCCUCCGUUCAGAAUUACUUGUCUUGAAAAUGGAUGUAUCUAGAAUUAAAAUACAUCUAGAUACAUCCAUUUCUACGACAAGUAAUUCCGAACGGAGGGAGUAUUUUAUUUGGUCAGUUUCCUACUUCAUCAACACCUUCAUCUGCACAAUGUUCGUUUCCUUAUGUCCAUUUGGUUCUGCUCUUUCUAUGUUGGCUGUGAGUUGCGUUGCGACCACUGGAUUUUUGUGGAGCUGUAUGUGUCGUAUGAUUAAAAGCUGAUGCAAGCCAAGAAAAAACAGUAGUCCUUUCUGUUUCUUCUUCUAUAGGACUUACUGUUAGGCUGACUCCAGUUAUUAGUGAUUUUAGUGUGCCGACUCCAAUUAUAACGUUGUUGGAAUAUAAACACUGACUCCAGUUAUUAGUGAUUUUAGUUAUGAUAACGGUAGAGAUUUGUGGUGACCCUAAACCCACUAUAUGAGGACCCACAAACUCCACUUGCUAAAUGCACUAUUAGCUUGUGGGCAGCCAAGCCACUCACGUCAGAGCAAGACUAUCUUCUGGGCGCGGUUGGCCGCUCAUGUUAGAGCAAGUCUUCUGGGCGGCCGAGCCACUCAAGUAAAACCACAACUCAAUUGUGUACUAAGUAAAACCACAUGUGUAAAGAUCUUAGCUCUUGAUCCAAGCGGGUUGUUGUGAAAAUAUUUUGAAUUAGAUCGAGAACACAACCAUGUUUCAAUUUCUACCUUGAAGAUCUAAACCCCUUGAAAAAUACUAUGUCUUCAACCUUCAGUAAUGCUCUAACUUUUGAAGCACGCCAGAACAACUCUUGAUUCCUCAAGAGCGUAUGCGUCCUCAGGGCUAUAGCCCGUACCUUUUCUUCUCUCCGUUUUGAGGGGUCAACAUCCACGCGGUUAAAGUAACUCCUAAGACAAUGUUCUUGUGUAUACUAGAUAAACAUAUUAAUCCCUUAAUCGACUGUUAUUAAUCAUCUAAAACCUACUAGGAAAGCACUAGAUGCACUGCCAUGGUGCUAUUUAUAGGCAGCACCCAUCAUAUAGCC